UUUCAACAUAUUGAUUACCUAAUAAAGAUAUCUGGACUCAAGGAUGUCGCCUUAGAUGGAAUAUGAGUUGGUUCUCCUUAGGUACAGCAAUUUACCACAAUGGUAUUAUCUGCAUUUUGGCUGGGGUAAUGGGAUAACCAUCCAGCUGGGUUUCCUCUUAUGGUUCGGAAUGCUGUACUAAGAUCAAGUCAAGUUACUGAAAAAGGAACUCGUAUUAGCUUAACAUGCCAGCGAAGUUCUAUCAAUAAUUUUCCCACAUAAUGUAAUUCUUUUGCUAAACUUGCUCGACGUCAUUUCAAAUUAAAAUAAUUUCUUUUUCACGGUAAUAAUAUGCAUUUAAAUGAAUAUGUACUUAGCUAUAGAAAGUCUCUACAUGAUAAAUUUUCUCUUUAACCUUUACGAUGUUUCUUACAACAGGAUCACCAAUGAGAAGAAAAUAAAGAACUUAUUUCGAUCUCUUCUCCAGCUCAUAUAAUAUUUUUGGCAUAUAUAUAAUAUAUUAAAAAUCAAAGUGCGAUCGGUUUAUGAAGUUUCUAAAGGACAUCUUAGAAAUUUAACGUGAAAAAUAAUUCAGUAUGAAAAUUAAAGAAAAUGCGAAGAAAUUCAGCAAAACAUGGUUUUGGUAAUGUCCCAGAUCUUUUUUUCAAUUGUUUUGGUAAUGUAUCCGAUUUUUUUCUCCUCAUUUGGUAAUACAAGAAUAUUUGUUGGAUAAGUAAUAAGUACAGUCCAAAAAGGGAAAAGAGAGUAAUUAGGAAUCCACCAAAAAGACACCUCAACUAGAGGUGCAUGUACUACAAAUGGCAAAAACGCGAAAAAAGGUAAGAUAGGAUUUGGCCUUCCCUCAUUGUUACCAGUGAAAUCUUGUCUAGAUCAGUCUGUCAUGGACAUACUUGUAUUGUCAUACGUGUGAGCCUCACGUGGGAAUCACUAGAUCAAUCGAUUCGAUUGCCUCAAUCUACUAUGGAUUGAGUCUAGGCAAGAGUUCCAACCAUAACAUCUCUCCGUUACAACGAAAUAGACCUUAAGUGCACCAUUUGGUGAGAGGAGCUAAACCAUUUUCAUGCGCUUCCCUCUCAUUACCAGCUUAAAAACGGAGAAGUGAGGCGUUAGACAGCCAGCCUUGGCAGAUAGCCCGGCCAUUGAAGAGGCAGUUACUCCCAGUUCCACACACUCACACAUAGCAUGCACGGCCUUCCCUCCUUUAUUACUCUUCUUUUGUCUCUUUUUCUCAUUUUCAGCCUCAACGUCAGCUCAGUUCCCCAGCUUUGCUAGUGCAAUCGCCUAUAUAAACCGGCUCUUGGUCACUCACACAAUCUACACAGCCCUCAUUAAGAUUCUCUUCGAAUCCACUUUCUCCGCUUCUGUUCGUGCAAAAGAUCUUUAGGUUCUGUGUGUCUGAGCAAUGGCCGACCAAGUAGAUGCUCUUGUUGACGAGCUUUAUGCAAUGUUCACCCCCCUCGAGGAACAAGUAUCCUGUUAUCCUUUUUUCUUUGAAUUUUUGCAUCUGAAAAUGAAACAGUGUUGUUUGUUGUAUUAAUUUUUUUUGGCCAAAGUUGUUUAUUUCAUUCGAGGGUGAAUGAAACCACCAUUUCCUUGGUUUGCAUAUGUAGGGAAAGGGUAGAAUCUUUUCAGGCUAGUGACAUUUGAAAAUGUUUUGCUAGUUUCAACUAAAGAAGAAAAUAGCCUUUUUCAUAACAAUUUUCCGGCUUUGAGUGAAACAUCGGCAAAUUGAAACCGUUUGUUUCACCAGUUCCAAUUUGAGAAAACGGUAGCCUUUUCAUUUAAACAAGCUUUUUGGUUUUGAAUGAAGCAUAGACGGAUUGAAAAUGUUUUGUGAAGGUUUAACAGAUGUCAUUGUGAAAUAGUGCAGCAAAGAAUUGACAGAUAUCAUAAACUCAAUUCAAAUCUGUUAUAUGCAGCAAGUUCAUCGAAUUCUAAUUUAUUUCUCUUGUGUUGAUCUUUUACAAGGGCCUGCUGGAUGAACAAUUCACCGUCAAUUAUGAGAUGAAACCGGAUGAUGGCUCCAUGCAUUUCAUAGAGUUGGUCCAGUCGUUUCAUAACCAUAUUCAAAGGGCGAUGACAGAUCUCGCCAUUGCUCUGGAACAUCCUUCUGUAAACUAUACAGAUAUACGUGAGCACCAUGCAAAGAUCAAAAGGAAAGUUAGUAGCUUUGGUGCUUCAGCGCUGAACCUGCCGCUUGAGGUGCUGCGACUUGGUGUUGCUUCUUCCUCCAAGGAAGAGUGCGACUUUGCGCUGCUUCGUAUACAUCAAGAGUACCAUAAACUCCGUCCGCACUUGGAUACCAUUAUUGAGCUCGAGCGCAGGAUCGUUGAUCUUGAUCACAACCUGAGAGGGCCAGGGGACAACUGAUAUUGGGUGACCGGUGUCUCAUCAAAGUUUGCCAGCCCCAAGUAAUGAAGCAAUAAUGGAGGAGUUUUUAAGUGUCUAAUAAAAACUUAUGGUCUAGUUGUGUCUUGUUUGAGCAUCUGAACUUGCUCUCCUUAUGUUGUUUCUGUUGUUUCCUAUCUGAGCAACCAAACUUGC